AUGCAUGGACCGCCCGAUGUCUUUCCACACAAUGAAGGCCUUAAUCAGGAGAGAAUUCUAGACCUCAAGGUACAACGAACUCAAAACUCGAACAAAGGAGAAACAGUGGACAGUGGAGGAAAUGGAGAAGACCCACCUGAUGUGAAACCUACAGGAGGAAAUGGAGAAGACCCAUCUGAUUCUCUACAGGAGAAAAUGGAGAAGACCCACCUGAUUCGGUGUUCAAAGGAGGAAAUGGAGAAGACCCACCUGAUUCGGUGUCUAGCGAUCAACCCACAUGCCCUCUAUGUAACCUACAGGAGGAAAUCUGGCGAAGCACCUUCACAGAUUAGGAGAGGAAAUGGAGAAGACCUACCUGAUUCGGUGUCCGGCCCUGAAGACAACAUCGGAAAACCGGAGAUACUGGUUAGCAAGAAGACGGCUAAUUAA